AUGACAUAUAUUAUCUAUAUUCAAUAUGAUUUUGUUAUUAAUUGUUAUUGGCCUGAAGACUAUGAAGCUGAAACUGUCACUGUACCUGCAUCCGUCUUUGUCUACUCAUUGCGGACUGAUUCUUGGACUUAUUGUGGAGAUUUAUCCCAAAUUUAUGAGUUUGAAUUGGAUACGAAUCAAUGUUACAAAUUUCUUGAUGGAAGCUAUUACUGGUUGUUGUCUAGUGGACCUAAGGACGAAAAUGAUUGUGUCAUUUCAUUUGACAUGGCCACUGAUACAUUUCAAGAGAUACAUACACCCAUUUAUGAAAAGCCGGCAUCUAGGAGUCUUGCAAUCUAUCAUAAUUCUGUUGCUUAUCUAACUCUUCAUGAGAUCGACGAGUCUUUUGUUGUAUGGAUGUUGAAUGAGGGGUUGUGGACCAAGAAAUUCAGUAUAGGACCUCUGUCGGGUAUUCGAUGCCCACUUGGUCAUUGGAAGGAUGAUAAGCUUAUAUUGGAUUCUGAUGAUGGUAGACUAAUCCUAUGCGAUCCUGUCACUCAAGAAACAAGGGAUCUUGGAUUUCACCAUGGUCUUUGGUGUAGAGGUAUUUUUGUUUACAGGGAAAGCUUGGUUUCACUCAAGGACAGCAGCCAAUCACAUCAAUGUCAUGAUGAAGCUGAAGCAGAAAACGUCCAACCUUAG